CGUCCUGGGCCCAAGCCCACUUAAGGAGGCCCAAGCUCUAUAUAAGGAGGCCUAACCCUCCAAACUAGGGGAUCCUCUUUUUCCCCUCCUCACUUCUACCCUAAGGUCUCUCUCUACAUACCAUAAACUGCUUCCUAUAUUGUACUAACUUGGGCGUCGGAGCGUAGAUCCCGGGGGCCGCCCCCUGCCUCACAGAUCCUUCCACUCCCGAGGAGAUUGGACGAGGGAGUCCAGAUCGGAGCCCCAUAACCGCCCAGUACAUUCUAGGCUCAAACAAUUGGCGCCCACCGUGGGACUCUGAUUUGGUAUUCCAUUAUUCGAUUUCUGAAGGAGGAGGAACUAUGAAGAAUCCUCACCGUCGAUGCAUGACUCUCUCCCCCGACAAGCAGCGACAACGAUUCAACCGACCGCCGGUCUCACACUGCUUCUUCCAAAAAACUCGUUGUCGGCUUUCUCUAGGAAAUUCCCCACCUAACGAAAGGAAAAUUAAGAGAAUACGUUAGCUCUCCCCAAACUCAGCUUGCGGAUGCAAUGAUAUUACGCCAAGGAAGAGAAGGAAGAAACCAGCGGCAUCAGCGUCCUCGUCUCCUAUCGCCGACCAAGACUGGAAAAUUUUCAUCUAUCGCCAAACAAACUCGAUGCAAGAGCUCCCUAUAUUCAUUCGUCGCCAACAACAAUGAAGAAGUCGAAGAGCUCAACCAAACAGAAGUACUCGCCAUCACCGGCCGUCACCCCAUUGCUCGCAUCCGCCAGCACCACCAUCACCCCUAAAGUCUGGUCGUAUCCUCGUGAAACAAGGGAAAGGAAAAGGAGCAUCAGUAGCAAGCAACCAAGCCAAGAAACGAAUCAAAGCUUUGUGAUUUUCCAGAUUCCGGCUGUCGGAGAUAGCUACGUCGCCGGAGCUCCGAUUGGAGCUAGAAGAGACCCCUGAGUCACCAUUACAAGUCACUGCACGCCGGCCUCUAUCACUUUCCCUCAGAAUAGGGUACAGUCACGAAAAGCAAAAGGACCCGACUAUCAAUGCAAACCGGCACACAUACCAAGAUAGGCUGACGGAGCAGGCUGGGACGCGGUUGAAGGGCUAACAUAUGCCAAAGCAUAAGCGCUCAAGGAGAAAUCAGCAGAACACAAAAACAAAGAAAGAGAGAGACGCAAGCCGGGAAACAUCAGCUGAUAUCCAUUCCCUCCUCUAUAACCAGUCACCCGAUCUCGAAGCCAAAAAGAAGAGCGCUCAGCACCUCAGCCGGAAUAAGAAGCAAAAAUGACCCGCCGAAUCGAAGACUCGGCCUCUACACAAACGCAAGCCCUCUCAAGCCCUUGGCUAUAUUAGUUUCUAUGGCGGCCGCUGCUCUAAGAAAAGCAAGACACAUCA